CCGCCCGAAGAAGAGGUGGAGUCUUGUAGGGUCGCUCAGUCUGACCGUUUCAUUAGUGAACGGCUGUUAAAAGAGUCUGAGCGCCGUGUUUACACAGUGUGUUGGGUAAGAGGACUGUUCAGUUACUGUUAACACAGCUGACACAGUGUGUCGGGUAAGAGGACUGUUCAGUUACUGUUAACACAGCUGACACAGUGUGUCGGGUAAGAGGACUGUUCAGUUACUGUUAACACAGCUGACACAGUGUGUCGGGUAAGAGGACUGUUCAGUUACUGUUAACACAGCUGACGCAGUGUGUCGGGUAAGAGGACUGUUUAGUUACUGUUAACACAGCUGACAGUGUGUCGGGUAAGAGGACUGUUCAGUUACUGUUAACACAGCUGACACAGUGUGUCGGGUAAGAGGACUGUUCAGUUACUGUUAACACAGCUGACGCAGUGUGUCGGGUAAGAGGACUGUUCAGUUACUGUUAACACAGCUGACACAGUGUGUCGGGUAAGAGGACUGUUCAGUUACUGUUAACACAGCUGACACAGUGUGUCGGGUAAGAGGACUGUUCAGUUACUGUUAACACAGCUGACAGUGUGUCGGGUAAGAGGACUGUUUAGUUACUGUUAACACAGCUGACAGUGUGUCGGGUAAGAGGACUGUUCAGUUACUGUUAACACAGCUGACGCAGUGUGUCGGGUAAGAGGACUGUUCAGUUACUGUUAACACAGCUGACGCAGUGUGUCGGGUAAGAGGACUGUUCAGUUACUGUUAACACAGCUGACGCAGUGUGUCGGGUAAGAGGACUGUUCAGUUACUGUUAACACAGCUGACGCAGUGUGUCGGGUAAGAGGACUGUUUAGUUACUGUUAACACAGCUGACAGUGUGUCGGGUAAGAGGACUGUUCAGUUACUGUUAACACAGCUGACACAGUGUGUCGGGUAAGAGGACUGUUCAGUUACUGUUAACACAGCUGACACAGUGUGUCGGGUAAGAGGACUGUUCAGUUACUGUUAACACAGCUGACACAGUGUGUCGGGUAAGAGGACUGUUCAGUUACUGUUAACACAGCUGACACAGUGUGUCGGGUAAGAGGACUGUUCAGUUACUGUUAACACAUCUGACAGUGUGUCGGGUAAGAGGACUGUUCAGUUACUGUUAACACAGCUGACAGUGUGUCGGGUAAGAGGACUGUUCAGUUACUGUUAACACAGCUGACACAGUGUGUCGGGUAAGAGGACUGUUCAGUUACUGUUAACACAGCUGACACAGUGUGUCGGGUAAGAGGACUGUUUAGUUACUGUUAACACAGCUGACAGUGUGUCGGGUAAGAGGACUGUUCAGUUACUGUUAACACAGCUGACGCAGUGUGUCGGGUAAGAGGACUGUUCAGUUACUGUUAACACAGCUGACGCAGUGUGUCGGGUAAGAGGACUGUUCAGUUACUGUUAACACAGCUGACGCAGUGUGUCGGGUAAGAGGACUGUUCAGUUACUGUUAACACAGCUGACGCAGUGUGUCGGGUAAGAGGACUGUUUAGUUACUGUUAACACAGCUGACAGUGUGUCGGGUAAGAGGACUGUUCAGUUACUGUUAACACAGCUGACACAGUGUGUCGGGUAAGAGGACUGUUCAGUUACUGUUAACACAGCUGACACAGUGUGUCGGGUAAGAGGACUGUUCAGUUACUGUUAACACAGCUGACGCAGUGUGUCGGGUAAGAGGACUGUUUAGUUACUGUUAACACAGCUGACGCAGUGUGUCGGGUAAGAGGACUGUUCAGUUACUGUUAACACAGCUGACGCAGUGUGUCGGGUAAGAGGACUGUUCAGUUACUGUUAACACAGCUGACGCAGUGUGUCGGGUAAGAGGACUGUUCAGUUACUGUUAACACAGCUGACGCAGUGUGUCGGGUAAGAGGACUGUUCAGUUACUGUUAACACAGCUGACGCAGUGUGUCGGGUAAGAGGACUGUUCAGUUACUGUUAACACAGCUGACGCAGUGUGUCGGGUAAGAGGACUGUUCAGUUACUGUUAACACAGCUGACGCAGUGUGUCGGGUAAGAGGACUGUUCAGUUACUGUUAACACAGCUGACGCAGUGUGUCGGGUAAGAGGACUGUUCAGUUACUGUUAACACAGCUGACGCAGUGUGUCGGGUAAGAGGACUGUUCAGUUACUGUUAACACAGCUGACGCAGUGUGUCGGGUAAGAGGACUGUUCAGUUACUGUUAACACAGCUGACGCAGUGUGUCGGGUAAGAGGACUGUUCAGUUACUGUUAACACAGCUGACAGUGUGUCGGGUAAGAGGACUGUUCAGUUACUGUUAACACAGCUGACGCAGUGUGUCGGGUAAGAGGACUGUUCAGUUACUGUUAACACAGCUGACGCAGUGUGUCGGGUAAGAGGACUGUUUCAGUUACUGUUAACACAGCUGACGCAGUGUGUCGGGUAAGAGGACUGUUCAGUUACUGUUAACACAGCUGACGCAGUGUGUUGGGUAAGAGGACUGUUCAGUUACUGUUUACACAGCUGACACACUGCGCCCUGCUCAACGGGGCUUCUGCGCUCCUUCAUGCGCGGGUCAAUCACAUUUUGGUCUGAUAAGUAGCACCAAAGCUAAUAUUAAGCUGAUAUUAACACUGAUACUUUUAAAACGCGAGAUUUUUAGUGAUUUCUACCGUGAGAAGUAGUGUAGAAUUAUAUUUGCAACCUUUCUGUUAAUAAUAGAUAAACUGUGUAGGGAAACAGUUCCUAAUGGUCGUCCUUCACAGAGUCAACAGAAGCUACAGUCAAAAAGAGGAAAAUUAGUCCAUAAAAAUUACAUCAAGGGAUGAAAAGAUAAAACAAAAUACCACGCAAGUGGCGUUAAUGUUACAACAAACAUGUUGAAAGGACGCAAGUAGAGACAGCAGACAGCGGAAUGGCUUUGUGUGCUGCCAGUCAUCCCUUACUCCAGAAUACUCGAAAUGCUUUGAGGAGGUGUUUCAAGCAGAACAGGGCAUUCUACUCCAACAUCAGCGGCCCUCAGGAGGAAGAGAUUCGUCAGAAACUCCGGAUCUUUCCAGGAGGUUCCGUAGAUCUUCAGAAACAAGAGUCGGGCAUUGCAGUGAUGACAGUCAAUAAUCCUGCACGGAUGAAUGCUUUCUCAGGCAGCAUGAUGCUAGAGCUGGAGGAGCGAGUGAAUGAGCUGGAGACGUGGACAGAAGGAAAAGGCCUAAUUGUGCAAGGGGCUGCUGGAACGUUUUGCUCUGGAUCUGACCUGAAUGCUGUCAGAGCAAUAUCAAACCCACAGGAUGGCAUGAAAAUGUGUAUGUUCAUGCAGAAGACCCUAACAAGACUGCUUAGGUUGCCACUCAUAUCUGUGGCUUUGGUUGAAGGAAAGGCUUUGGGUGGGGGUGCAGAACUCACUACUGCCUGUGACUUCAGGUUGAUGACAUCUGAUGCUGUAAUCCAAUUUGUCCAUAAACACAUGGGCUUGGUGCCUGGAUGGGGCGGUGCAGCAAGGCUCGUCCGAAUUGUUGGCAGCCAGAAUGCCCUGAAAUUGCUUGGUGGUGCAAAAAAAGUUGAUCCACAUUUGGGGAGGCAGAUUGGACUAGUCGAUGAAGUGUUGAGUUCUCCUCUCGGUGAAGGCAGUUCCCUGGUGGAGGCAGAGCAGUGGCUGAGCCAGUUCACAAAGGGAUCUGCUCCGGUAAUCAGGGCUGUGAAGCAAGUGGUGGUGUCUGGGAGAGAACUUUCUCUGGAGGAGGCCCUGAGAACCGAAAAGGAUAUAUUUGGGACUGUAUGGGGUGGGCCAGCCAACCUUGAGGCUUUGGCACAAAAAACAAAACAUAAGUGAGAGAAAUUAUUUUAAAACUAACAUUUUGCCUCUGUAAAGACUAAAUAUUUCUAUUUAUAUUGGGGGGAAAUGAGCCCCAAAUAAGCCACACUCAAUCUAAAUUAACAUAUUUCUCACAUGGACUUUUUAAAAAUAAUUUUAUAAUGAAAUAAUUUUUUCCCCACAUAAUCAGGCAUGUUAUGUAUGAUUUGUUUAAAAGUAAUCAACAAAAAAUAAGACGGAAAUUCUGCACUGGACUUAAAGGACACCAUUGAAGCCCUCUUGUAGUCCCUAUAAAGCAGCCAGUUAUGUAUUUAAUUCAUUUUAAUUCAUAACUAUUUUAUAUUUUAUUUUAAUUAUUCAUGAUUUUUAAAAAGAAUCGAUCAACACUCUUUCAUGAAAGACUAAUAACAAACAUUCAACUGAGAACAAUUGUUAAAUUGUUAAUUUGUUGAUUUAUAUUAAGCUCAAGAUUUUUCUGUAAAUGACAGUUUGGAUGUACCUAGUGAGUGUUUAUAUGUCUAUAUACAGACUAACUACUUUAUUAGGUACUUGUAACUUGUAUCUACAUAUUGCCAAUUUUAUCAGCUCCACUUGCCAUAUAGACGCACUUUGUGGUUCAACAAUUACAGACUCGUCCAUCUGUUUCUUUGCAUAAUUUUUGUUAUCCCACCUUUACCUUGUUCAUCAGUGGUCAGAAACCCCCCCCCCCC